GAUUGUACGACCGAGAAGCAAAUCUCCCGGAAAAUGCAGUUUCCCCCUCUAUAUCUCAAACGCCUGCUUUUUCUCUGGGCACACAGACGAAAACAUCAAUCCAAUACCAGCCCGAUUGCCAUCGGCAUCGCUGCCUCUUUCCGGAGCCUCUAUGUUGCGGAGUUCAAGAGUUCUGGUCAUGGAGCAAGUGAAAGCACAGGGCUUCAUCUUGAGGACCAGCCCACAGGCACUUGUGAUCGAGCAUCUUCAGAUUGCACUUCUGCAAAUCCACUGUUCAAGAUCACUGCAGCAACAGACGAACCACAAUUCAACAGUUCACUGGUCACUACAAACGACCGACUUUCAGAUCAGAGCAAGGCUUGGGAAGUAGGCAAAUCGACAACGUGCGCCCACAAGAAAGAUAGGCUGUACAAGUGCACUGUUUGUUUGGCUACAUGCAUUGACAUUGGCCACCUGGAAGUUCACCUCAAAACUCACAAAACGAAGCCAUUUAUCUGCAACACAUGUUCCGCAACAUUCUUUCAUGCUUCAGCUCUGCGAGUGCAUGCAAAAGGUCACACGGGAGAAGGGUUGCACAGGUACACAGCAUCGGUUGCAUGGAAGGGUGAUCUUGGCUCUGCAGAGUUCAGCCAGAGCACAAGCCUCUUGCAUCACAAGCAAACACACACAAACGAGAAGCCAUACAAGUGUGAUCUCUGCCCUGCAGUGUACAGCCAGAGCACAAGCCUGUCGCGUCACAAGCGAACACACACGGGUGUGAAGCCACACAAGUGCGACCUCUGUUGUGCAGAGUUCAGUGAGAGCACAAAGCUGCGGCGUCACAAGCGAACACACACAGGCGAGAGGCCAUACAAGUGCGACCUUUGUCCUGCAGAGUUCAGCCAGAGCGAGAGCCUGUUGUAUCACAAACGGACACAUACGGGCGAGAAGCCACACAAGUGUGAUCUCUGCCAUGCAGAGUUCAGCGAGAGCACGAAGCUGCGGAAUCACAAGCAAACACACACGGGCGAGAGGCCAUAUAAGUGUGAUCUCUGUCCUGCAGCGUACAGCCAGAGCACAAGCCUGUCACGUCACAAGCGAAAACACAUGGCCGAGAAGCCAUUCAAGUGUGAUAUCUGCUCUGCAGAGUUCAGUGAGAGCACGAAGCUACGGCAUCACAAGCGAACACACACGGGCGAGAGGCCAUACAAGUGCGACCUCUGUCCUGCAGAGUUCAGCCAGAGCGCAGGCCUGUUGUAUCACAAGCGAAAACACAUGGGUGACACGCCCUAUAAGUGUGAUUUUUGUCCUGCAGAGUUCAACCAGAGUUCGAGCCUGCGGCGUCACAGCAGAACACACACAGGGGAGAAGCCAUACAAAUGUGAUCUGUGCUGUGCAGAGUUCAGCGAGAGCACGAAACUACGGAAUCACAAGAGAACACACACGGGCGAGAGGCCAUACAAGUGUGAUCUCUGUUUUGCAGAGUUCAGCCACAGCACAAGCCUGUCACGUCACAAGCGAAUACACACGGGCGAGAAGCCAUACAAGUGUGAUCUGUGCCCUGCAGAGUUCAGUGAGAGUACAAAGCUGCGACAUCACAAGAGAACACACACUGGUGAGAAGCCAUACAAGUGCGACCUCUGUCUUGCAGAGUUCAGCCAGAGCGUGAGCCUGUCGUAUCACAAGCAAAAACACAUGGGUGACACGCCCUAUAAGUGCGAUCUCUGUCCUGCAGAGUUCAACCAGAUCACGAGCCUGCGGCGUCACAGGCGAACACACACAGGCGAGAAGCCGUACAAAUGCAAUCUCUGCCCUGUAGAGUUCAGCGAGUACAUGAAGCUGCGGCAUCACAAGCGAACACACACGGGCAAGAGGCCAUACAAAUGCACUGUCUGUCCUGCAGAAUUCAGGCAGCCCACGGGCCUGCCUUAUCACAAGCAAAAACACAGGGGCGAGAAACCCUACAAGUGCAAUCUAUGUCCUGCAGAGUUCAGCCACAGCACAAGCCUGUCGUAUCACAAGUGCACACACACGGGGGAGAAGCCCUACAGGUGCGAUGUCUGUCCUGCAGAGUUCGGCCAGAGCACAAGCCUGCUGUGUCACAAGCGGACACACACUGGCGACAAACCAUACAAGUGCGAUCUCUGUGUAGCUGAGUUCAGCCAGAGCACAGGUCUGUGCAAUCACAAAAGGACCCACAUGGGUGAGAAGCCACAGACAUGCGGCCUCUAUCCUGCAGAGCCCACAGCAACGACUUGCGAUGUCACAGGUGGACACAUAUGAGAGAGGAGCCCGCUAACCAUGAUCCCUCUCGUGCAGAGUUCGGUAAGAGCACGAGUCUGCGUAAUCAUAGGUGGACACACAUGGACCAGAAGCCAUAAACAUCCGACCUCUGCCCCCUGCAGGAAGAACUUGCAGUGUCACAAGCAGACACAUGAGCGAGGAGCCCUACGGAGCAAUCUCUGUCCGGCAGAAUUCAGCCACAGCACAGACCUGGUGCAUCACAGUCGGGCACACACAGGCGAGAUGCCAUACAAGAGCAUUCUCUGCUCUGCAUACUUCAGGCCGAGCACUAAGCUGCAGCAUUACAAGUGGACUGACAUGGUUGCAAAGCUAUACAAAUGCAACCUCUGUCCUGCAGGGUUCAACGACAGCACGAAGACACACUAGCCAGAGAAUAAGCUGUGAGCAGAGAACUGGCCCGUUCAGGCCAGAGCGAAUCUGUGGCUUCAGAAGUAGUCAUGACACUCUUGGUAUAGAAGCCGUACAAGUGCAGAGACCACGUACACAUGAAAGAGGCUGUCCAAGUGUCAAUUGUGUUCUGUCGCAUGUCUUCAACCCAUAGACUUGAAGAAGCGCAUGGUAAUGUGCAUACCGGAAUGGCUGUAAAGAUGCAGUCUGUAUCCCACCGCAUCUUCUUUCUGUGUGAUGAUUUGAAACUCACAUUCAUGAACAGAGUGAAGAAAGAGAGUUGAAUUGGGGCUGGAUUGGGUGGUGACACUUGUGAAAUGUAAAAAAAAGAAAAACAGUGCCGGGGAAAUAGACAUCCUCACACAGGCCCAGAAUUGCCAACCAAGGUUAACUUCCAUCAGCAACAUGCUCUUGUUCCCGUUUCUAAUUGCAUACCUCGAGUGAUUAAUGCUUAUAUUCUUCCUCUCGUUUUAUGUCCUACGAGAUAAGGACGUCUACGUCUACGUCCUAUCGCGAUGUCCUCAAGCAAUAAUAUAAACGAAGCAAUCAAACCAAAUAAACAGGGCCAGGAUGA